AAGAAACCCAAACUACGAAACAGACCUCAGAUAUUUCUUCCCCGCCAGCCAUGGAUAAUAUAUAUCAUUAACAUGUUUCAGCAGUUAAGCCUUCCAGUUAGAAACCCCACGAAACUACCUUGAAAUCCUUAGCCUUCUUCAAAAUUUUAAUCCAAAUACCCUUUGUUAAAUUACCCAAUCCUUUGGUUUUUUUUUUUUUUUUCCUUUUAUUUCUUCAUCUAAUCAAUGACUCUAUUUCAUCCAACAACAACAACGAAAACAACCUUCUUGGAUUCAUUUCAAACCUCUCUCUCCAGGUUCCAUGGCCUCCCUCUCCCUUUUUUCAGGUACAGUUCUUCUCAUUUCCCUCUCAAAACCCUAAAUUUUUGUGCUAGUAAACAUGCCAUAACUUCAAACGCACAAAUUCACCCAAACCCAGAAAGCAAAACCAAAGCUUUUCCCACCUUUUCAAGUAAUUGGUUAGAUAAUUGGAACAAAACCCACAAAAGAAAUGGGCCUAAACCGCCGAAAACAGUGUUCAAUUAUAGGAAAGAUGGAAAUUUAUGGAGCUUGUCUUAUUCAAAGAGUGAUAACAAUGGGAGCGGCAGCAGCAGUACAAUGGAGAAAAUAGUGGAGAAAUUGAAGAAAUUUGGGUACAUUGGAGAGGAAAAUGAGCAGAAAGAAGAACAACCAAGGAAAGUGAUUGAAAGAGGGUCUAUAGAGGAUAUGUUUUAUGUGGAAGAAGGAAUGUUACCAAAUACUAGAGGUGGGUUUUCAAAGGAGUCACCUUUGGGGAUGGAAACUGAAUUUGGAAGUGAUGGGGAAAUAAUGUUUCCAUGGGAAAAGAGGAAGGAAGAACAGGAAGAAGGGAAGUGGACAGCAAGAGGAGAUAACAAGGCUUCAUUGGCUGAAUUAACUCUGCCUGAGUCUGAACUUAGGAGGUUAAGGAACUUGACAUUUCGGACAAAGAGUAAAAUGAGAAUUAAGGGUGCUGGUGUUACUCAAGAAGUGGUUGAUACAAUUCAUGAGAAGUGGAAGACUAUGGAGAUUGUGAGGUUAAAGGUUGAGGGGGCACCUGCUCUUAAUAUGAAAAGGAUGCAUGAAAUAUUGGAGAGAAAAACUGGAGGAUUGGUAAUUUGGAGGUCCGGGACUUCCAUUUCUUUAUAUAGAGGGGUGAGUUAUGAGGUUCCUUCAGUGCACCUGAACAAACAAAUAUAUAAGAGAAAUGAGAUGUCUACAUAUUCAUCACCCCUGGUGUCUGAUAAAACUGAGGAUCCAUCCGGCUUGGUGCCUCAUAAAGAUGUGGCUCCACCUCAAAGUAACUCUGAAACUGCUACUGAGGAGCAUAAAAAUACAGAGCCAUUGCCAGAAAUAAAGUAUGAGGAUGAAGUAGACAAGCUGUUAGAGGGCCUAGGUCCCAGGUAUGCAGAUUGGCCAGGAUGUGACCCGUUACCAGUUGAUGCUGAUUUGCUUCCUGGAAUAGUUCCCGGAUAUCAGCCUCCGUUUAGAGUACUUCCUUAUGGAGUAAGAUCUUCUCUUGGGGUAAAGGAAGCAACGUCUUUGAGGAGACUUGCCAGAGUUCUUCCUCCACAUUUUGCUAUAGGUAGAAGUAGGCAACUCCAAGGUCUGGCGGUGGCCAUGACUAAAUUGUGGGAAAAAAGUUCUAUUGCAAAGAUUGCACUUAAACGAGGAGUACAACUGACUACUAGUGAGAGAAUGGCUGAAGAUCUCAAGAAAUUGACAGGGGGCAUUCUUCUCUCUAGAAACAAAGACUUCUUGGUCUUCUACAGGGGAAAGAACUUUUUGUCUGCAGAUGUUGCUGAAGCAUUAUUGGAAAGGGAAAGAUUGGCCAAGUCCCUGCAAGAUGUGGAGGAGCAGGCACGGUUAAGAGCGUCAGCUUUGUUUGCACAAAGCACUGAAGUAGCUGAGCAAUCAGGAGCUGCAGGUACCCUCGGAGAAACUUUGGAUGCAGAUGCUAGAUGGGGAAAGAGGUUGGAUGAUCAUCAUAAGGAAAAAGUGUUGAAGGAAGCAGAAAUCUUGAGGCAUGCGAACCUAGUCAGGAAACUUGAAAAGAACCUGGCUUUUGCUGAGCGAAAGCUAUUGAAAGCUGAACGAGCUUUAUCUAAGGUUGAGGAUUAUUUAAAACCAGCUGACCGGCAGGCAGAUCCAGAAAGUAUAACUGAUGAGGAAAGGUUUAUGUUUCGCAAGCUCGGGUUAAGGAUGAAAGCUUUCUUACUUCUUGGUAGACGUGGAGUUUUCGAUGGUACUAUAGAAAACAUGCACUUGCACUGGAAAUACAGGGAAUUGGUAAAGAUCAUCAUGAAGGCUAAAAAUUUUGAUCAGGUAAAAAAGGUUGCAAUAGCACUCGAAGCUGAAAGUGGUGGAGUUUUGGUUUCAGUUGAUAAAAUCUCCAAAGGAUAUGCCAUAAUUGUUUACCGAGGAAAGGAUUAUGAGCGACCUUCUACAAUAAGGCCAAAGAAUCUUUUAACGAAGAGGAGGGCUUUGGCACGUUCAAUUGAGCUUCAAAGACGCGAGGCUCUUGUAAAGCAUAUUUCAGCUCUGCAGGCUAAAGUGGAGAAACUAAGAUCUGAAAUAGAUCAAAUGCACAGUAUGGAUGCCCGAGGAGACGAGGAAUUCUACGACAGAUUAGAUUCUUCCUAUCCUAGUGAUGAUGAUGAUGACACCGAGGAGGAAGGAGAUGAGGCAUAUCUUGGGACAUAUGACGGUGAAAAUGAUGGAGAAGAAGAAAAUGAUGAUCUUCAUUUAGAAACAAAUUUCCCUUUCCAUAACCAACACCAGGAGUCUUGAAUGGAAUCCGCUGUUCCCUAAGAGACAAACCGGUGAAGCAGUGAAAACAGGUGUCAAAGAGCAACAAUCAAGAAUGUAAUAUGGUUAAAAGUAAAGUGAGUUUUGGGGUUAUAUUUUUAUGUAAUCUAUUUAAGGGUAAAGUUGUCGUGGUAAUUAUUACAAUUUUUUUUAAAUAAAUAAUUACACCUACCCACCGAAGCAACCCAUUGGUCAAGCA